GGAUGCGGUAACUAUAAUAAUAGCGUAUACUCAAAAUGAGGGGACAGAAAGCCCGUUCCCGUGAGGAUAAUUUAUGUAAAGAUACUAUUAAGUUCAAUAAUGGUCAAAUUAAUGACAAAAAAAAACGAUUGGGAAUACAAAUUGAGAUGUUUAAAUGUCAAAAUAUCAGGUUAAGAAAAUAUCAGUGACUGAAAUGCCACCAUUUUUUUCUCCUAAACUGAGAGAAGCGGUCAGUACAGUGUCAUAUAUGCCCGAGCGGGACUGCAAUAAAAACCCAAACGGCGUUCAAUACCUUCGGGAAAACAUUACAAACAGCAAACGUUCUUGUUUUAGAUUAUUACCCGUCGUGGACACGGCUGAAGGAGUCAGAGUUAAUGUUAUAUCGUCGAAAAAACAGCAGCCGAACAGCCUCAGAAGAGACACCCAUGCACCCAGGCUAAGUUUGAGCUCAGGAAACGCUCAGGGUGAUGGUUUUGGGCGACAUUUUCGGUUUGAUCCAAGAUGGGAAAAUGGGAUUUACUCCAACACUCAUCAGCAUUCAAAAGAUGAAGAUCUGUUCUUCAAACGCACAACUCUUUUACCUCCAGUUCCCAAUCCAGCAUGCAGUAUAAACACGAAGGAAUCGCAUUUCACAGCUUCAAAGUCCUGUACUUUAGUCUCAGAAGACAGAUGCAGACUUAAUGCUGUAUCGUCAGUUCCAGCACCAGCACGCAGCAUCUCCAAAAACAGGAGGAUGAAGAGCAGAAUGUGUCAUCUCUCCACUCUCAAAUUAACCACCAGAGGUCAGUCGUACGCAGAUCCGGUGUUGGGAGCUUCAGCCUCGUUCAUCAGGAGACUUCUGGAAAUGUCCACCCUGCAGGAGAAAACCGUUCGCCAAGAAAAGAUCAUUCAACUCAAGAAGAACGGGAGGCACGAACCCUAAUCGUACAGUCUGCUGGUUAAAAUAAAAGCAAUUCUCGGCCAGAAACGAAACAUACGCAGAGUUCUGAAUGUCGUCAGUCAGCCAAGACAUGUUUAUCAUGUGUGUCUGGAGUUUACGUUUUGAGUUUAGCACUGUAGCUACAAAUCUAGUGAGGGAAGCUUAGAGCCCCAUGAAGGCGUCAGGGAAAUGGAACAUCACACACUCAUUUCAGGAUGAUUUUUUUUCUAGUCGUUCAGUAUCUUGACCUUUUCAAGGUGCUUUGGAAACUGUGACUUCUGACAAUAAUAAAACAAUAAAUAAAUCAGUAGUAGAUAUCUUGAAGCUUGAAUUAUUUUCUUUAAUGUAGAAUUGUAUGGU